AUGCUGUUCCUUCUCCUGUUGAAUUGUGCCUGGGGCUUAUUGCUCACAGAUGACCUGGAAGGUGCCAUCGAGGAGAAUAAGGAGAUGGGCAAAGCCAUUCUAGAGAUGCUGCACAUCAAUAAGCUGUCUGCACCCCAUGUGGCCAAACCACACCCCUACAUGAGACAGGUCUAUCAGCUUCUGGACACACAAGAGGCCCGAGACUUGGGAAGCUCUGAUGGAACACUGGUGCAGAGUUUCCGGAGUGUUCUGGCAGGCCCACCGGAUGCCCCCGCAGGAUGGAUCUGGUUCAACGUCUCCCACCUGAAGCCUUCUAUGGCCGUGGCUGAGCUCGUCCUGCUCCGCAAGACCCUCCACCCCGACCCCCUCAGUGUCACAGUGUCCCUGCACAGCCUGACCCGGGGUGCGAGUGGCCUGAGCGUGAGCCCUCCCCUCGAGGAGAGGAUCCUGACGCUGGAUCAGCUACCCCCGUCUGGCUAUGACGUGUUCGACGUGUCCCCCUUCAUGUUCUCCUCCAUGCCUCUGGACGUGGUGGGCUUCCAGCUACGCUACACGGACGAGAGUGGGAGCCUGGUGCUUCAUGAGGCACUGACCCAGAGCCUCUACUGCCUGGGAGGUGGCUCCCUCAGCGAGCCCCUGCUGGUGGUGUACCGGGCUAGGCCGCUUCACCCCCAGACGACGGCUGCCACCAAUGGGUUCCGGCCUGAGCGGAGACAGCGCCAGCACUGCCGCACGAGGAGCCACGAGAGGAGGAGCCUCUUCCUGGCCAAACGAAAUGGCUACAAGCGCCACCGCUUUGAUGCCAGCUCUGACCCACAGUGUCGGCUCUAUCACCGCUAUGUUGACUUCAACCAGGGCGAUCUGGCAAACUGGAUCCUACAGCCGUCAGGGUUCAAUGCUACCUUCUGCAGCUCCAACUGUGUUCCACUGGAGCUGUCAUCUCUCACGGUGAUGUAUAGGAGUGAAACGGAUGACGUCAUAAUCCAGAAGUUUAGAGAUGCAAGGGCAGAGAGCUGCACAUGCCAGCCACAGGCUAAACCUUGAAACCAGCUCCCACAUACAGUAUUUACCUAUCCUAGCCACUGG